AUAUAAAGUGAGAGAUCGUUGCGGCGGGCGUAGUGCGCGAGUGGUUUUUGGUUAAGCGUACCGUGAUUUACUCAAUAUAUCCCAUAAUAUUUUAUAUCGCAGCCCGUGUUAAAACCUUGUGAAUAACUCUUUCGACAAAAUGGAGGCAAAGGAAUUCAAGGAGUUUGCGAAAGCGAUGACCGACUACAUCGCAGAAUACCUUGAAAACAUACGAGAUCGGCAAGUGGUGCCAUCUGUAAAGCCAGGAUAUCUGAGACCAUUGGUGCCGGAACAAGCUCCAGAGAAACCGGAACCUUGGACCGCAGUAAUGGCGGAUAUUGAACGGGUUGUCAUGUCAGGAGUCACACAUUGGCAUUCGCCUAAAUUUCACGCAUACUUCCCCACUGCCAACUCAUAUCCCGCUAUAGUAGCUGAUAUGCUGAGUGGGGCAAUUGCCUGCAUUGGAUUUUCAUGGAUUGCAAGUCCUGCUUGCACUGAGCUCGAAGUCGUGAUGUUGGAUUGGCUGGGUCAGAUGCUUGGUCUUCCUGAAGAGUUCUUGGCCCGUUCUGGUGGUGAAGGUGGUGGUGUUAUUCAAGGGACUGCCAGUGAAGCCACACUGGUCGCUCUACUUGGAGCGAAGUCGAAGGCUAUGCAUCGUAUCAAAGAGCAACACCCCGAAUGGACUGACGUGGAAAUCUUAUCUAAACUUGUUGGCUAUUGCAACAAACAGGCACACUCUUCGGUAGAACGAGCAGGUCUCCUAGGAGGUGUAAAGCUGCGAUCACUAAACCCUGACAGCAAGCGGAGUUUAAGAGGUGAAACACUCAGGGAUGCGAUAAAGGAAGAUAUCAAGAAUGGUCUCAUUCCAUUUUGCGCUGUGGCUACUUUAGGUACCACAUCCACUUGCGCUUUCGAUGCUCUUGAUGAAAUCGGUGACGUAUGUCGCGAAAAUGAUAUCUGGCUGCAUGUCGAUGCAGCGUACGCUGGUUCAUCAUUCAUAUGCCCCGAAUACCGAUAUCUAAUGAAAGGUAUAGAAAAAGCCGACUCGUUCAACUUUAACCCCCACAAGUGGCUACUAGUUAACUUUGACUGCUCCGCUAUGUGGCUGAAACAGCCCCGUUGGAUCGUUGAUGCAUUUAACGUUGACCCUCUGUACUUAAAGCACGAUCAGCAGGGAUCAGCACCUGAUUACAGACAUUGGCAAAUUCCUCUCGGCCGUCGUUUUAGAGCUCUUAAGCUGUGGUUCGUCCUAAGAUUGUAUGGAAUUGAAAACCUUCAAAACUUCAUCCGUAAACACAUAGCAUUGGCACAUUUCUUCGAGAAACUUUGUGGCGAAGAUGAGAGAUUCGAAGUUGUUGAGGAAGUUCUCAUGGGCCUUGUCUGUUUUAGACUAAAAGGCGAUAAUGAUUUAAAUGAAGCGUUAUUGAGACGUAUUAACGGACGAGGAAAGAUUCACUUGGUUCCAUCAAAAAUUGACGAUUCAUACUUCCUAAGAUUGGCUAUUUGUUCCCGUUUCUCCGAGGAGAGUGAUAUACAAGUAUCUUGGGAGGAAAUUAAGGCUUCGGCUAGUGAUGUUUUGGCAGAAAACAAAUGAAUACAACAUAAAUCAGCCAAUAAGUAUUUAUCGUAAGUAUCUAAUAUAUAUUGUAGUCAAAAGUAUUAGAGAAACUGUUGUCUGCGCUUAGCGUGACUUAAAAAAUAAAUAUUUACCAUGAAUGAAAUAUAUUGUUAAAAUACGUAGUUUUUUAUGUUAUCUACAUGAUAGCAGUACUUAUAUCGUAUUGUGUGUUGAUGUGAUGAAAUUCAAUGUGUAUGUGUAGAGAUAAGUUUAUCUCCUUAACUUGCCAAUGAUUUAAAUGUUAUUAGGUGCUGAUUUGCAUUUUUAAUAGACGAAUUUAAGAUUUUAUAUACCUACCUACUUAAUUUUACAAUAUGAACAAAGGAGUUUUACAAUUAGUUUAAUAAGGACCAAUAUUAUUUACCUUUUUACGAAUUGUUUAUUUAUUAUAUACUGUAAGAGACGAUGAAAUUUUCAUUGCAUGUAUAAUAUUCAUAUUUAAUUGUUAUUUCAAAUAUAUUUGGCAUAGCAUAAGCUUGUAUGGCACAGUAGCUUGGCAUUGGUGGGACAAAGUAUUAAGGGCAAACGUUUGCGUAAAAUAUAUUUAAAAUAUGUACUUUGUCAAACUUAGUGUGGAGCUUCUGAUCUCGGUAGUAGAAAUUCGAAACUACUUCAUGAAUUCAGUAUUAUCAUUAAACUUCUAUAUGUUUGAGGUACCUAAAGAUGAUUGCUAUAGAGAAGUAUAUUAUCUACUUUUAACACUGUAAUUAUUUAUCUAUCAUUAUAUUAAAGUGAUCCAUAUUUGUAAAUUAUAAGAGCAAUAAUAAAGUCAUAUUCCAUGAUA